AACAAGUAUUUUGGCAAAUUCUAGGUUCACUGUGCAGCAAGUAGCGAUUGACUGGCACCAGGUUUUAAAACACUCCAAUAUUUCUGAAAUAUAUGCAGUUUAAUGUCCCAUUUUCUAACCUUUGGACUCGUCACAGUUACCAUCUUUGGCUGAUUUAACACGUAAACAUGCUUGUGUCAGGAAAUGGAAAUCAGACAUUUUUCAGAGACUCCUUCCCAGAAAUGUGUGUCACUUGUUGGGUGCUUUACUUUCACUCUUGUGUCCAGCUCCAUGGGAUUAAAGUUUAAAGGCUGGGCCAUGGUCCACUCCAUGUUUUCAAGCUUUCCAUCUUGUUUUUUGUGUUGGGGUAGAGCUUGGACUAAAGUUUUGGGUCAUUAUCUUGCUUUAGGAUGAAGCCCUGACCCGACUAUACCAGAGGAUGCCGUUACAGAGGGAGGGGGGUGGGGGGGCACAGAAGCUGUCAGGAACUUCAAUGCAAAUAUACACGACAAGGCCCAACAGCAUAAACUGCUCCGUGGUGAAAAUAACAGCAGUUAAGGCAUCUGUUGUUAAUUAAAACAAAAAGGCCAGGCAUUCCAGAGCAGCAGCAACCCCUCAGACCGCCCAUCCACGACUGUUAUCUCUAUCUUUUCUUCAUUCCAUUUCUUUCGUAUCCCCCCCCAAAAAAAACAAAAAACAAAAAAACAAAAUCUGCUUGUUGUUCACGGGCCACGGCUGAAGAGGAGUUCUACGGAGGAGAACCUCGGAGAAACCAAGGACACGCCAGGUGUGUGUUUUUCUUUUUUUUUUGUUCUCCCAGAGGACCUCGCAAACCCCUCCAGCUCUUUAAUGGUCACUUCAGCCCUUUCCUUUCACUUCUCACUCUCUCCAAAGAAACGCUGCCGAGGAGGAAUGGGCCGAGGAGUCGGAGCAUAAAUAACAAAGCGAGGGAGGAGGAGGGGUGUGUGGGGGGGCUUUGAGUAAAGAGUGGGAAAAAGAGACCAAAAAACGAAAAGUCAGAGGAACAUGGAAAAUCCCUGGUUCCCAUGCCAAGAAUCCGGCUCCAAAAAAAAAAAAAAAAAACACAUGCACACUGUAUCUGAAAGCCUGCUGGGAGCUCAGAGCGCAGGAGAAAGUAGUGAUAAAAAAAAAAAAAAAUAUCCAAGUUGCGAGAUUCAGGAGAAAUCUCUGACCCAUUUCUGGCUCCUUAUAACUUGUUGCACAGUAGUUUUUUUUUUCUCAAAACGUUUCUCGAAAAAAUCCCAUGACAGACUGUGCAUAUGCUCCAAUUAAUCCAUUAUUUUUGUCUUCUUGGAAACACUUUCACCUCCUCUUGAUUUCCCCUAAACUUUCACGACUUAAAAUAAAUAAAGAAAGAAAAUCUAUGUGCAUGAAAUUUAAUUUAAGAGCCGUAUAUAUAAGAUUUAAAGGGACGAUCGUGAAUAAUUUAGUCACCGCUCGCGCUAGCCAGUCAUACCGCGGUGGCGAUAAUAACCAGUUGCCUGCAGCCACAUUACCGCUUACAGUGCAUGUCGGCCGUUUUCCUUUUCCUGCCUGACGCUUGCGAGUGGCACAGCUGCUAUCUAUAGCCCGGUUCUAUUUUCAGACCGUGCAGACAAGUGGCAGCGGAGCUAAGCGCAAACCUUUAUUUACUCCGGGGGGAAAAAAUGGCUAAUCUGCACUCGAGUCACACACUGACCGACCACGUGAGAUGCUGUUUUAGGGAGAAUAGAGAUCCCGGUUUGAGAGAUCAUGGAAGUGCCUGAAGGCCUGGGAAUCCACCGGGACAUUCGAGCCGGGAAUGCGACCCCUGAUCCGGAGGACGGGGAGUCGCAGGCGGGCUGCGUGAGGGUGAGGGUGGAAGGGAGCUGCUUCCCCGUGGAGCGGGCGUUCCUCGACAGGUACAGCGACUAUUUCCGCGCCCUCUUUCGCUCUGGGAUGAAGGAGAGCCGGCUGGACGAGAUCCACCUGCGAGGAGGAGUGCGCGCGAGGGGUUUCCUCGUCGCCCUCGCCGUCUGCAGGGGCGAGUUCCCCGCCGUCGGCGACCCGGACGAGCUCGUGGAGGCCGUCGAGUGCGCCGCUUUCCUGCAGGUCGCGCGUUUGAGUGAGCACCUCUGCGACAUCGUCGACUCGGACAACUGCCUCCUGCUGUACCACGCCGCCGCCAUCUACGGUGUGCACGCGUUGUUUCACAGCGCGGCGCUCUUUCUUCGCGACGCUUUCGGCGACCUCAAGGAAGCUGCGGAAAGUACGAUCCCUGAAGAGCUGCUGCGUUACUCUCAAACCUUAUCUCCUACCACUUACAUCGCUAUAGGCACCCAUUCGCCGUCAAUGGAGCUGCUGCAUGACUCCUUUAGGAUUGUUUGCUACCUUGACGAAAUGGAAGGAGAGUGGAAGCACCUGACAAACCUCCCGACUCUUUGCAGCACCUCCAUGGCCGGCGUUGCGGUGCUCGACAACCGACUGUACAUUGUCGGAGGAGUUUACGGUUAUGGCAAAGACACGGUGGACAGUAGCUUCUGCUACAACCCCGACACGGGGGUUUGGACUAUGCUCCCAGGACCGCAGCAACCGAGAUACGACUUCACCUUGCUCGGGCACGAGGGCCGACUCUACGCCGUCGGUGGAGAGUUCCAGAAAAGGACGAUCUCCACGGCAGAGAGCUACGACGCUGCGAGGGGAGAGUGGAAAUUCAUCCGACACGCACCGAGACCUGUAGCAUCUGCAGCGUGCGCUGUCGCGCGGCGAAGAAUGUUUGUUUGCUUCUGGAAACCACCGGACACCACAGACAUCUAUGAAUACAUACCAGCGAGAGACGAGUGGAGGCUCACCACCACAAUGAUCCGACCUCAAAGCUAUGGUCACUGCAUGGUAGCCCACAGGGACAAUUUGUACGUGAUGCGCAACGGGCCGUGUGACGACUUCCUGCGCUGCCUGAUGGACUGCUACAACAUCACAACGGGCCAAUGGACAGCCUUGCCCGGGCACUACAUCAACAGCAAGGGGGCGCUGUUCACUGCGAUGAUCCGGGGGGACUCCGCGUUCACCGUGAAGCACAUGUUAACUCUCGAGUACAGCAUCUCCGGAGAUGGAUGGAAGCCCCGCAGGCAGAUGAAGGGGUUUCCAAAGAGCGGUUCGCUGUGGACGUGUUUACUCAGGCUUCCCACGACGGGACCAGUUAUACCUCAACUGGAGGCAGAGGGGAAGGAGGACGAAGAAAUGUCUUUGCCAGACACAUCUGAGGGAUUUGCAGAAGCUAUAGCGCACCUGUGAAAUUAACUGCACAGCUGGAAAACAAUGUGAUGCUUCUUUUAUUUUUUUCUUCCUUCUUCUUAGAAUUAAAAAAGAAAAACACGAACAAGAAUGCUCUUCGUUUCAGUUGCGCGCACACACACACACACGCACACGUGCUGACACGAAGCAUUUGGUCUGAUUAGCAACAGCUGCUACUGUAGUUUAUACUAGGGGAGGCCACUGUGCGUUCGGCGUGAGCAUGUGUAAGUGUGUGUAAAGUUCAAAGGCGCUGACGGGAUGUGCUAAACCUCUCGUUCUCGACGUCUUUCCUGAAGUCACACUGGGCCAGUUCAGGAGCCGCCAGUCUCCCAGUGAACAUAAAACACACACCACGGCUCUCGCACACACACACACACACACAGACACACACUCCCUGAGCGAUCUCCGGUGUUGCAGCUCGGCCCGUUGUUAAAUACCUAUUUCUGUGGGAGAUUUUCACACUCCCGACUCGUGACUCUGAGGGUUGUGGGAAAUGUUUCUGGCUAGCAUGGCCGCAGACUGCAUUUGUUUUCAUAUAAAAAUUUAAUACUAAAGUUAUAACACAACACCAAAUUGAUUCCCAUUCCAUGUCGAGUUGGAAUUUCUCUCAAGGCUCCUUUUGCAUACUGAAUAUUUCCAAGCACUUUAUUGAAUUCAGGAGUCCUACUGGGGUCAAUUAUGCUGUUAACAUUCCCACCAGAGUUGCAGAGGCUUAAAAAAAAAAAGCUGCGCGUCGCUAAGCCAAACCGUUUUGCACGUUAAUGCUCUGUGA